UUCAACUGACUUUGUCUCUGGAGAGUGAAUUAUUGGCCGAAACGAUGACUGAGAAGCAAGUGAAAGCGAGUAGCUCCGCCGUGCGCUAUGGCGCAUCCUAUGGAAGCAACAGGAUCUUCUCUUCAGGCAGAAGCGCUAGGGCUGGUGGAUUUGGGGGAGCAUUUGGUGCUGGGGGAUUCGGGGGAGCAUUUGGUGCUGGGGGAUUCGGGGGGAUUGGACUCUCCAGAGCGGCUGGACUGGGUGCAGCAGCAGGUGGUGCAGGGUUUGGCUUCAGAGGCGGAUUGGGAGGAGGUUUUGGUCUAAGAGCCGGAGCCGGUGCAGGGUUAGGAGCAGGAUUUGGAGCCGGAUUUGGAGCCGGUGCAGGUCUGGGAUUAGGUGGCGGAAUUGGAGGAGCAGGGGGUAGAUUUGGAGGUGCCUAUGGUGCCUUGAGAGGCCGCCUGGGAGGUAGAGGUUUUAAAGUAGGAAGCUAUGGAGUCAGCCCAGCCUUCCUCUUCAGCGCUAAAGCUGGCCCUGGUGGACUAGGUGGACUAGGUGGUCUCGGUGGUGGGCCUGGGUCUGGCCUCCCUGACAUCCCCUCCAUUGACCCCUCCCUGCCUUCUGUGGACACCGUGCAAGUGACUCGUUUGAAGGAAAAGGAAGAACUCCAGAACCUCAACAACAAGUUUGCAGCCUUCAUUGAUAAGGUCCGCAGUUUGGAGCAACAGAACGCCAUCCUUAGAGCUCAGAUUUCCGUGUACAACAGGAGUGAUGCAAGUUCGCCAGCCUCCCCCUCCAUUGUUGCCACCACUGCUGUUGCUGGUUACAAAGCCCAGAUUGAGACCCUGAGCCAAACAAAAGCAGCCAUACUCUCAGAAAUCGAUCACUACAAACAGAUAGUCGAAGAAGUGCAAGCGAAAUUCGAUGAAGACAGCGACUCAACUAAGAACUUGGAGAGUGAAUGGACUACUCUGAAAGAGGACGUGGACCAUCUGUAUUUGACAAUCUUUGAUUUGCUGACAAAACUAUCUGGAGUUGAGGAUCAGAUAACCCUUUCCAAGCAGUUAUAUGAUGCUAAAGUCAGAGAAGUGCACACUCUUGUCACCAGUGGCACCAAAGCCGCCAUCUCCAUCUCUUUUGAUAACUACGCACAAGCCGCAGAUCUAACAUCAGCCAUCUCAGACAUGAAAGCGCAAUACGAAGCCCUGGUUGCGUCGACAAAGCAGGAAGCUUUCUCAGUGGCUGAGAACAAGAUCGUUAUGGCAUCGGGUUCUACACAGUCAUCAGUCCAAGCCCUGAUAUCAUUCAAGGAAGAGUACAGGAUGGUGAAAUUCCAGGUGGAAUCAAUACAGCGUGAAAUCGAACGUGUGAAAUCCCUGAACAUACAGCUGGAGGCUCAGGUCUCAGAAGCAGAGGCCAGCACCGGCAGUGAAUCAGACACAUAUCAAGAACAAGCCAUCGCUCUCAAGGCGCAACUUGAUGACAUCAGAAAGCAAAUUGCUCAGUAUGGUCAAGAAUACCAGGACCUCUUGGCAGUGAAGAUGGCAUUAGAUGUUGAAAUUACAGCCUACAAGAAACUAAUGGAUAGUGAAGAGCUAAGGCUCAACAGUGGAGGUGGCAUUACUGUACAGGUCUCUAAAUCUAGUGUUGGUGGAGCAGCUGCCGGAGGUGGUGGAGGUGGACUUGGCCUUGGAGGUGGUGUGGGAGGUGGUUUUGGCAGUGGUUUUGGCGGUGGUUUUGGCAGUGGUUUUGGCGGUGGUCUUGGUGGAGGCCUUGGUGGAAGCCUUGGUGGAGGCCUUGGAGGAGGCUAUGGAGGAGGCCUUGGAGGAGGCUAUGGAGGAGGCCUUGGAGGAGGUUUCAGUGGAGGACUUGGAGGUGGAAUCGGAGGUGGAAUCGGAGGUGGUCUCAGCAGUGGACUAAGCUUGGGCGGAGGUCUAGGCAGCGGCAGUUUUACAGGAGGUUUCAGUUUGAACUCCAGCAAUGUAUCCACCAGCUACUGAAGAGCAAUAAACAUCUGCCCCACAUUUCGGAGAGAUUGCUGUGUGAAUGAAUGAAUUCUGAAAUCGGCAGAUUUUCUAUGUGGCUGAUUUUAUAUCUGCACUUACAGAAGACCCUCAGCUCUUCAUAAUUUGCUACUUAAAUAUUUUCUAAUAAGGGGAACCUUUUAUUUGUGCUUGCGUUUUGUGUGCGGGGUGCUAAGUCCUCUAAUCAUUUAUGCGGUCAAUUAAGAGGCUUUUUUCUCACCUGCUUCCAAAUACUGAGCAGUUAUUUUCAAAUGAAAGAUAAAUUAUACAUGUCACCCUGAGCCUGCCACAGAAAUCUCUAAUUACUGAAUGGCAGGACGUUUGGCUUAUCGGAGAUUGUUCGCUGUGCCAUGGACUGCUGUACUGAAAAGAACCCGGCUAUAUGUGUCAGGCUGAAUGUCGGCAAUGAUAAAAAAAAUUAGGUAUAACGAUUGCUGUGACUGACACAUUGGCUGAAUAAAAAUAUUGAAAAGUGCCAUCACAAUCCAAGCGCACGGCACAAUGUUUCUGCUAGAGGUAUUUUAUUCUAUUCUCCAGUAAAGGCCUUGUAAUGGAGCGUGUAGGACAUGUCUGAGCAGGUUGUAUUCUCUCCCCAGAAUUGUAAAGAUAUUAAAGCAUUUAAAUAUUCAA